UCAAAAAAUUGUCAUCAUUAUUAUUAUUAUAUUUAAUGUUUUCAUUAAGACUUGUCAAUUUUUAUUUUUUACUAUUUUCUGUGAUUUUUUAUACAAAAGCACUUCGGAGUUUAAAAAAAAAUGUAAAUCAGUUAGAUACUUUACUUACGUAUUCAGGGUGGAAAAAUUUAAAUGAUGUGCACUUUAUAAAAUAUUGUAAAACUACAUAUUAUCUUCAAAAUCUGAUUAAAAUACCUACACCUAUCUUAAAUGGUGAUAAAAAAAUACGAGCUUUGUCUAUAUAUCUUGGAUGUUCAUACGCAAAAAUUAUGAAUUAUCUUUUUGUUGUUAUAAGCAUAGUUACAAAAAUAUGUGACGAAAGAAUUAAACAAGAAGAAGUCUUAAUAGAUGGAUUCAUUUGCACAGAAGAACUCAUAAACAUAAUAUCCAGAUUAAUUGUUCCAAUGGCAAUAAUGAUGAAAGGAUCUAUGGACGCUUUGGAUUUAUUACAUAACAAGCCAUGGACUACUAGUGAUAGACCUUACUAUUUGGUAAAUCCUUUAUUAGGAAAAAUAGGAAAUAUUCUCGACGACUUAAAUAAACCAAAGCUAUCACGUGAUGAUAGAUCUAUAUACUAUUCCAUGUUAGAAAAUUUAUAUGUAUGUUGUCAUAGAACAUUGUAUGAAAUAAACAUUGUAACUAAAAAUUACUGUGAAUUUGUACCUUAUGAUAUGAAUUGUUUAUGGGAAGACUGGUAUCAGGAAUAUAAAGCCCUUAUUGAUCAAAAUGAAAAAUUAUUUUUUAUCAAAUUCUUAACCAAAAAAAUCAAGGAUUAUACAAAAACAGUAAUUAGAGAAAAGUAUUUUCACCUCGGAUUUAAAUUUGAUCCAAUUACCGAAGAAACAUUUAUACCAACACCAAAGGAACCAAAAGAACCAGAUCUUGAAUUUAUAGUUGAAAUUUGAUGCAAUAGAGGAAUAACCUCCAACUCCAAUACAAACAGAGACUCAAUAAUUCAUGCUGUAAUGAAAUUAAUUUUGUCCUACAUUAAUAUUUUAUUAACAUAAUUUACAUCAUUCUUAUUUAAAUAAUUAUAAUUUUUUAAAUAUUUAAACAGUUAUUCAAAAAUAAUCGUAUGAUAUCGUAUCUUAAAUAUAAUACUGGAAUUUUUUUUUUCUUAAUUGUUUAAUUAUUAUUGGAAUAAAAACAU